GCAGGGGAAAUGAUGACAGGAGAAUUAAAAGAACGUUGUAUUAAAGUCUUACAAAAAUUUGUCGGAGAUUUUCAACAGCGCAAAUCUGAAGUAACUGAAGAAACUUUAAAGGCAUUCAUGGAUCCCAAUAGAAAAAUUUUAUUAGAAAAAAAUUAA